AUGUGGUGUUUUUUCAACAAUUUUGAUUCGACUUCGAAAAAAAUGGGGCUUCUUGCGGCUGUUGCAGUCAAUAUAGUAGGAGGUGCCAUCAUUUACGGCACAGGAGGUCUUCUGACUCCUAUCGUAGCACCGGUGCUAGGAUUCGGAAGUGCGGGUAUAGCGGCUGGGUCUACCGCAGCAGCCGCUCAAGCUUACUACGGCAACUUAGUCGCUGGCAGUAUCAUCUCGCAGCUGACGGCCGCAGCUAUGGUGGCACCUACUCCAUAA